AUGGCCUCAAUUAACGCCGCCCUACCUCAUCCUCACUCAUUCCUUCUUCUGGGCAUCCCUGGACUGGAGAACAUGCAUCUCUGGAUUGCUUUUCCUUUCUUUGCUGUGUUCCUGACAGCUGCACUUGGAAAUAUAAGCAUCCUUUAUGUGAUUCAGACUGAACACACUCUCCAUCAGCCCAUGUUCUACUUCUUGGCCAUUUUGUCAUCUAUUGGCCUGGAUCUGUCCACAUCCACCAUCCCCAAGAUGCUCAGCCUUCUUUGGAGAGAAGUCUGCUUUAAAGGAUGUCUCAUCCAGAUGUUCUUCAUCCACCUGCGCACUAGCGUAGGGUCAGCUGUACUUGUAGCUAGGGCUUAUGAUCUCUAUGUGGCCACCUGUAACCCUCUUUGUUUUACAUUGGUGUAGACAAACAAGGCUGUAAUUGUCAUUGCAUGUGUAAUCCUACUGAGACCCUUGUCUUGUGCCAUACCCUUUGUUCUACUUACACUAAGGUUACCAUUUUGUGGACAGUAAAUCUUCUGACACACUUACUGUGAGCAUAUGGGUCUUGGCCCGGCUUGUAUCAGCAAUAAGGUGAAUAUCAUGCAUAGCUUAGGUGCUAUUUGUGCACUGAUGCUUAACAUAAUAGCCACAGUCAUUUCCUGUGUCCUCAUUUUCUGUGCUGUGUUUCAGCCCUCUCCUCAUGCUGUUCUUCUCAGAACACUCAGCACCUGCAGAUCUCAGGCCUGUGUCAUACUGCCUUUCUACACUCCUGUACUUUUCUGCUUUAUGACCCAUAGAUUUGGCCAAAAUAUACCACUGUACAUCUAAGUCCUUCUUGCCAAGUUGUAUGUAGUCAUUCCACCUGCUCUGAACCUUGUAAUUUAUGCUGUGAGAACCAAGCAGAUUAGAGAACAAUGUUGA